GGGGGUGGGGGGAUGUCCGGGAAGGGUGGGGGGAUGCGCGAAGAAGAGAAGGUGAGAUGCGCGAAGCGGGAGGGGAGUCGCGGAAAGGGGGAAGGUGCGAAGGUCGAGGGAGCGCUCACCGUCGUCAGAAGACGCUCGCCGCGCACGAGCCAACCCUCCCCACGCCCGCCUCCCACGAGCCAGCACGCCUAGAAGGGGCAAGAAGAUGAGUUAGCGCGCGCUUUCCGGACGAACGCGGUGCGUACUCACCUCCCCUCUCCCCUUCCUCCGCUUCCCCUUCCGUCUACCACUCCCCUUUCG